AUGUCUCAAUAUAUUGGUAAAACAAUAUCACUUAUUUCCAACAAAGGUUUACGUUAUGUUGGUUUAUUAGAAAAUAUCAAUGCCGAUGAUGCAACUGUUGCAUUAAAAACUGUUAGAUUAUUUGGUAGUGAAGGUAGAAUGGCAGAAAUUGGUCAACCGCAUUUAGAGGUUCCUCCAGGUAAUGAAAUUUAUGAUUAUGUUGUUUUUAGAGGUAGUGAUGUUAAAGAUUUAAAUGUUUUAGAUACUCCAAUUGAAGAAGUUAAACCAAUAAUUUAUCAUCAACAAUCUACUGCUGGUUUUUAUCAAGGUCCAACUCAAAAUUAUCAACAACCACCUCCUCAACAAUUUAAGCAACCUCCUUAUCAAAAAUCUUAUCAACCACCAGUAACUACUCAACAGUCUCCAAGAGAAUCAAUUCCACAAGCAGCACCAGCAUCAGCUCCAUCAAUUUCACAACCAGUUGAGACUGGAGCUCCAAAACCACCAACACCACAACCAAUUAAUGAAUCAAUACCUAAACCUACACCAACUACAAAAGAACCACCUACUCAAACGACUGCUGAAAAACCACCACAACCUGAACCAAGAUCAGAACCAAAUCCGAAAUCAUCUAGAAAGUCAUCUAAAAUUGAAAUUCCAAAUGAAGAAUUUAAUUUUGAAGAAGCAAAUGCUAAAUUUUCAAAAGAAUUGGAACAAGAAAAGGAAUUGGAACAAAAAGGCUAUAAUAAAAGUUCAUCAUUUUUUGAUACACUUUCAUCAUCAACUGAAGAAAGAUCAAAUAUGAGAUGGUCAGAAGAAAAAAGUUUAAAUAUGGAUACUUUUGGUGAAUCAAGUUUACAUAAAAGAGGUGGAUAUAGAGGUAGAGGAAGAGGUAGAGGUAGAGGUGGAAGAGGUAAUUCUUAUAGAGGCAGAGGUAGGGGUAGAGGAAGAUCUAAUGAUUAUAAUUCAAAACCUGAAUGGGCUUAA